CGACGCUGUAACUAGCUACAAUCAGGACAGAAGAAUGAGAAGAUCUGCGCUGAGGUGAUUGCAGAACAUGCUUUGGAACAGGAGCAAGACUCGUACGCUAGUCGUCAGCGUCUUGCUUAGAUUAGUAGCAGGCUGCGCCGCACAGGAUGUCUUCUCUGAGGAGGGGUUGUCUACAUGGCUCACGCCGCAGCACCUUAUGGUGCACUUGCGGUUCGACCAGGCAACGACAGCCUCUCGCCUGCACACCAGCUUCCCCCACGCAAUCCAGCACCUAGCCACCACCCUACCUCUUGAACACGUGGAGCUAUCGCUCACAUCCGGUCGAUGGCGCUACGCGGAAUGGGGCUGGCCGCUGGUACCCGCCAAGCCCGUUGGCGCGGUGCUGGACGCCUCCUUCCUGGGUGGGCUGCCCCCCCGGCAGCUGGAGGCCCACUGGUCGGCGCUGGUGCAGGCGCUGUCGGGCCUCUCCUGCGCCUCACUGGGGCUGCUGCGGCAGCCGGAACGCGUGCUGGCGGGCGGACACAUGCGGCUGGCGGAGCUGCUGCAGCGGGGGGGCGGGCAGCAGGGCGGGCAGGCGGCGGAGGCUGGGGCUGGGGCUGGCGGGACUGCUGGGGCGGUUGGCGCCGCUCACAGCAGUAACGCCAGCGCCAGCGCCGGCGCCAGCCGGCGUCUACGCGCGCUGCUGCCCCGCGAGGCGCUGUGCACCGAGAACCUGACCCCCUGGCUGCGGCUGCUGCCCUGUCGCGACCAGGCGGGGCUAGCCGCGCUGCUGAGGCACCGACCCACCGUGUUCGGAGCAGACUACGUGUCGCUGGGCCUGCUGGUGGAGCGCGCCUCCACGCGUGCGGGUCGGCGGGGGGUGCGGCUGGUGCAGACGGUCACUCUGGUGCUGCGGGCGCCGCAGGGGGCAGCUGGGGCGCAUGCGGCAGCAGGGCCGCAGGCAGCAGCGGUGCAGGCCGCAAGGGACUUGGAGCAGCUGCUGGGAGGGGCGCGCGUGGGGAGCUUCUGUCCUGCCGCACUGCGCAGCCAGGUGUUUGUGCCUGAGGCCGGUGCUGACACUGACACUGCAGCCGCCGCGGAUGCUGCUGCAGGUACUGCUGCUGCUGCUACCGUAGAAGACCCAGGCGGUGGUGGUGGUUCUGGAAGGGGUUGCAAGGAGGAGCGGGGGUGCUACCUGCUGGCAGCGAUGGCCUCUGCUGACCACCCGGCAGGCAGUAGCGCCAGUAGCAACAGCGGCCGUACUGCUGCACCUGCCGUACCGCAGCUGCGAAUGUACGAUACAUUAGAGCUGUUGGAAGGCUCUGGUGGCAGCGGACUGCGUCUGCUGCUGCCGCCGCCGCAUCCACUUCCGCUUCAGUUGGCUCGCAGUCCCUCCACCGCCGGCGGCGACAGCGGCGGCCCGCCCGGCGGUGUCCCUGCUGUGCAGGGAGUCGCUGGUGCCGCCCUGCUCCCCCGCCCCGCGCAUGUGAUGCUGGAGCGCUAUGUGACGGGUGCGGGGCUGCUGCGGGGUGGCAUGGUGCUGGUGGUACGGCGCUCGGAGGCGCUGCGGGCAGCCAUCAGCGCUGGCGGCGGGGCUUCAUGCAGCAACCCACAGGCGGCGGAAGCGGAGGCGGGUGCAGGGGAAGAUGAUGGGGGCCGCGGGAGGGCCGCAGCGGGCGCUGAGAGGCGCGGUGCGGGUGGAGGGGCGGAGGAGGCUGUGUGCGCCGCGCAUGUGCUGUGCGUGCACCAGGUGUUUCCCUGGUUCGUCCGGCCCUGGCUGCACACGCUCACGGUGCUGUACGACAACCAGCCGGUGCCCCUGCACCCGCACCUGCUGGCCCGCCGCCUGCAGCCCGCCCGCCCGCGCACCUCGCCGGGGC